CCACAAACAGAAUGUUUUGAAACGAGUCCAUUUGGACAUCGCCCAUCUCCUGACCUUGGUGCUUUGUUCAGUUCGUAUUGUCCAUAUUGUCCGUAAAUCACCGAAGUAGUACCAUGACACUGAAUGACUGAUGUCGAGUGAUGUCGAUAGUGUAUAUAGCAUUCGGGUAACAAAACCCUUUCAAUUUCAAUCACUAGCGACGUUGUAACCAAAAUAAGUUUACUUGGAAUCGUCCCGGGCAUGCAAACGUGAGCGGUAUUAGCCAGUGUUCGUGCUGAACAAGACGAGUGCACCUGUUCUUUCUCUCCUUGAUGUCGGCUGCCCGCAUAUCACGGUCAUGGCUGUGGCGAAGACGCGAUGGCUGGCCAAGCAAAGACGUGCUGUCAUAGCCAAUCAACAGCAUGCGGCCAAAUGCAAAGCUAUACAUUCACUGGGGUUACGUUUUCUCGCAACAUCUGUCUUUAUAGUGAUCUUCAGUUGGUGUUGCAUCAGUGGUGUUAGCUGCGAGCUCUUCACCAAUUUAACCUGGCCGGCUAAUCAUACACUCCCGACGGGAACAUAUGGCUGCUAUGGUGACAACGCGACGAACAAAAUGGCUGACGAUGGUGAUUGCCGCUUCGUAUUCCAAGUUUCAGUGGGCGGUAGUGGUAGUAAAGUCAUUCAGAAUAGCUCAAGUCCAUGGCUGACAGCUUCUUUCCAAAUACAGCAGAAUCACGGACAAGUGUUCUGUCAACCGCUGCAGUGCUCAGUGCAAGCAACUGCCGUCAUCUACACUUUAAACGUAACAUAUCCGGUCAUGCUGGAUACUUCAGCACCGGGGUAUCUAGAUCGCAUGCCUCGAGAGGGUAGCACUGUGCAUUGCCCGUUCGUUUCCAAUCCACCAGCCGUGGUGACGUGGAGUAUGAACAGGUCUAGCCAUGGCUGUGAUGUCAAAGGGGUUAACCAGUGUGACCUGUGCGGUGAUGAGCAAGGUCAGCACUGUCCAUACUCCCGUAACAGCACGACUCAGCAAUGCCGCACCGCCGUCAACUCAUCUUGUUUCUCACGCAAACCAGACGACAGCGUAUCCAUACUCUACGGAUGCAUUGGGUGUUUGCAGUGUACUGCCUCUAACACAGUCAUGGGCAAACAGACAGUGCAGACCUUUACCUUCAAGUUAACAGCUUACGGAUUGUGUCCAGCAGGUGUUGCAGGACAGCAGCUGGUGUUUGGUACUGCCACGGCAAAGGAAUCCAACAGUUUGAUCGCUGGCGAGCAUCCUGUGCAUUUCAUCAUUACGUACCAGAGUUCAGUACAACAAGCUGUUAAAGUGCGCUCACCUCAAGGACACGAUGUCAUUAUAGACGGAUAUAAUUACUACCAACCCGCCCAGCCGAUUCUUCUGCACGCCGUGAAUUGUAGCUUUCUCUACAAUUUUACAAUCCUACGACCUGUCAGAACUGAAGACAGCGGUGAUUGGCAGUUUGAGUUUAAAUCUGCCAUUCCCAAGUUGGGAGUGAAAACACAGAGCAUUACCGUCACUGUUACAGAGGUGAACUGCAGCCAAGUGUUGGACACCCAUCUACAGUGCCAGUAUGGUCAUUGUGCAGUGGAUAAGAAAGGCGCACCCUAUUGUGUCUGUAACAAAGACUGCUUCGGCACUAGCUGCAACUAUUGCUGUCCUAAAACGAAUGGGGAAAUAGUGACGGGUGACAUCAUUAUUCCCAGACCAUGCACUAGCCAAGCCAGUCUUCAACUGCAGUGCUCCAAAGAAGUGACUCAAACCAGCCCGGGAAAAGUUUACUGGGAGAUGAAUCACCAGCGAAUUCACGACGGUCAGCUUCUGACCUGGACGUAUCGCAGAGGUGUUGGCCAGUUUGUCUGCAUGUCCACGGCCGUGGAGAAUGUAUCAUAUGCCAUCAAUGUGGCCAUUGCAGAUAAGCCUGUCAUCAUUCCACCAGCCAAUCUAGUUAUAAUUCAGACGGGAAGUGUGCAUCAGCAAGCUCGUUUAACUGUCAAUCUAUCCCAAACGUUCAAUGCAACUAGCCUCCAGUAUACCUGCAGUCGAGUCAGCGGCGGAGUUUGCGGUGGAGGACCUAGAACGUGCGUGCGAGAAUUUGCGCCAGAGAAUUCGGACACUGCUAUAUUGGACAACGUGCGUCUUGCCUGUUGUGCAGGAGAGUACGUGUGCUGUGUUGCAAAUAGCUAUGGAGAAGAAUGUCUGACAUACACAGUGAAAAUUGAUCAAGUUAGCUGUGAUAUUGAACCUCAAUUUGUACCAGGACAAGCAGAGUAUUGCGUCAAUGUAAUGGGUAACAAUGACACGAAUGUGUACUGGUUUGAGAACGCGGAUUCAUCAAGCAAGAAAUACCAGUCUAUUCGACAGGACCUCAACACCACUUGCUGCUGUUCGCAGUAUUGCUUGAACAGUGUUGGAGCUAUAGCUAAUGGUGUGGUGGUGGUGCCAUGUCUGCUUGAUGCAUGGGGCAAUGUAACCAAGUGCAGUAACGAGAGGUUCACUGUUAACAUGCGUUCAGGCAGUUCACAUUCGCCACUGACAACUGUGGAGAUUGUUGGCAUAGCUGUGGGCAGUGGUCUCAUUCUGGUCAUAUUUGGAUUUCUUCUGGGAUAUGGUCUAAACCGUCGCAGAAAUAGAAACAGACGUACAGCUGGUCAUGCUAAUGGUGCUAAUGGUGCUGAUGGUGCUAAUGGUGCUGAUGGUGCUAAUGGUGCUAAUGGUGCUGAUGGUGCUGAUGGUUCUGCUAGUAAAACAGAUGUAUCUUCUGCAGAUGAAACAGGACGUGAUUAUGAGACCAAGCUGCUGUGUAUGAUUGAAGAUAUUCACGGAUUUGGCAAGUUACUUGCGAAGCACAUGAGCGACGUAGACUGUGAAACUCUCUGCAAGCUCAUUGUCAAAGAUGUUGAUGCUGGAAACGUGGACACGUAUUCAGUAAUUAUAUUGGGGUAUAUAAGGACACAUAACUUGGGUCAAGUCAGCACUCUAAACCUCGGCGGUGCGUUUGUGUACUACUCUGCGAAGAAGAAGGCAUGUACCUGUCGUAAUCUGCUGCAACUCAUAGCGGAAGUCAAUUGUACCUUAGAGGUUCAUGCAAGUAGAAUUCUAAGUAAAACGCCAUUCAAGAAAGAUUGACUGAUGUAUUAGUAUGGUAUCCCCAGUUCUAUCAUCCAAAGUAUGAUAUCAUUGAGUUCAUCGUGCCAGCUGUGAUGCCGCUGGCCCUAACCCUUACAUCAUACCAGUAUGAUGUCAUUGGCUCUAACCCUUACAUCAUCCCAGUAUGAUGUCAUUGGCUCUAAGCCUUACAUCAUCCCAGUAUGAUGUCAUUGGCUCUAAGCCUUACAUCAUCCCAGUAUGAUGUCAUUGACUGCAUCCUCUGCAGACUUCAGCUGUACCAUACUGUGUUUAUGAACUGUUCUCAAGACCAGCUAUCAAUCCAUUCUUAUCAACAGCUCUAAUAACAAAGACUGACAACGCAUCGUGGAGUGAUAGAGUGACUGCUAGAGUGACUGCUAUAGAGUGACUGCUAUCAAUUUUAUGAAAUGAAAAGUUCCAUGCUGGCUGUGUUCUCAUUUUUUUGGUGCAAAUUCGCCUUGAUAGACUUUGCCUGCAUCUGCUUUCAAUGAUUGUAUAAUUAUUAUUGUCAUUAUUUCCACCUUUUUCGCGUUGACAUUAUCAACCAAGCUUGGCUAGGCUUCGCAAUGAUGUGCUUUCAGCAAAAUAGUUUCUACGUAGGUAUUGUCUUCUAUGAAGAUAGUACCAAUUGCAGCAGACCUUGAUUCAUGUGCUGCAUGGGAAUAAGAUGACACGCCCGCUGGAUCAAAGUCGAGGAAAGAUGGAACAUUUUUUGGUGAUGAAUAUUGUUGAGCGGAGACAGACGCGGACUUUGCUUGAAAGUCCUUAUUCUCAUACAUGAUUUCUUACCGAGUUCUAGAAUUUUUAUGUAAGAUUUAAUUCACGCUUUGAGACGUCCCAAAGAUUCCCAUCAUUUUGAACGUCAAAAUACUCUUUUAACCCGCUAGUCAUUUUGCCCAUAAAAUGGGCAUGCCAGCAAUUUGAUGAUCGAGAUAUGUCCGAGCCAGCUAGCUGCAUGCGAUAGCACUUAGUAUUUUGCUUCCAACAUAAUAAUAUAAUUUAUCAGAUAUUAACUGACUUUCAUGUACCUGGUGAAUGAUUCCGUACACGAUGUGCCGUAAUUCAGCCAAGUUGCUUGUACGCGGUUUAUUGUGCUUCCAGUUUUAAAGCACAAUUGCGUUCUCAUAGUUUGCAACCUGUUUUCAUUUUUAUAUUUUAUUUCAGACAAGUCGAAGUCAAGAUUGGACAUUGUUUGUUGAUGAAUUUUUUGACUUUCCAAGCAAAAUCGA